AUGUCUGGACAAGGAUCCUUUGAAAAUCCGUAUGAAGAUUAUACAUCUACACCGCAAAAUAAUAUUUUGAAUGACCCAAGAAACGGGAUUUCAGAUGUUUUACAGAAAAAAAUAUCAAAUUUCAAAGCAACAAAACUACAGAUACUCACUACAAAACUGCAAAGAGAUGUCUUCUGUGAUGGAACUGUGUAUACUGGUUCAGCUGGGCUUGCUCUUUAUUAUACAUAUAAUUCCCUGGCAAAUAAAAAUGAGCCUUGCCAUGAUGCCUUGCAGGCAACUCUGGAAUAUUUAGAUAUAUUAAAUUUAAAAGGUCGUAGAAUAAGUUUUUUGUGUGGAGAUGCAGGACCUCUAGCCAUUGCCACAGUUAUUUCAUACAAAUUAGGAACACGCCGCUCAAACUCCUUACCUGAUUAUAAAGAACUAGGUCAAAGAUUAAUGCAAUUGAUUUCGAUUCUAGAAGAUUCACCUGAUGAAGUUUUAUAUGGAAAAUCAGGCUACUUAUUUGCAUUACUAUUUACUAAUAAACAUAUCAGUGGGAAAGAAGUUAUACCUUCUUAUCACAUUGAGAAGGUGAUAAAUUCAAUAAUUUCGUCCGGAAAACGUCUUUCUUUACACAUGAAGGCAGAUAGUCCUUUACUGUGGCAGUGGCAUGAUAAAGUUUAUUUAGGUGCUGCACAUGGAAUGGCUGGAAUACUUUAUGUGCUAUUGCAGGCUCGUAAUUACAUUAAAGGAAACGACCUAAGGGCAUUUGUGAAGCCAACAAUAGACUGGUUAUUGGGGUCUCGCUUUCAAACUGGUAACUUCCCAUCUUCUCUUGGUAGUAGUUCAGGCGAUAGGCUGGUACAGUGGUGCCAUGGUGCACCUGGAUUUGUGUCAUUGUGUCUGGCAGCUUAUCAAGCAUUUGAUGAUGAGAAGUAUUUGAAAAUAGCAAAUCAAUGCGGGGAGGUGAUCUGGCAACGAGGACUGUGUACGAAGGGAUAUAGCCUCUGUCAUGGUGUUAGUGGCAACGCGUACGCCUUCCUACAAUUAUAUCAAGCAACAAAGAAACCUAUACAUUUGUAUCGCGCAUGUUGUUUUAUGGAAUGGUGCGCAGUGGAGCGACCAGGGACUGAACUACAUCGUCCAGAUAGACCUGCUUCGCUUUUCGAAGGAUUAUUGGGACGAAUAUUUCUCGCAGAGGACAUCACCAGACCAAUUGACUCUAAAUUCCCAGCAUUUUGUUUGUAA